CCUCCCACGGGCAGGCCAGCUCUGUUUGUGCCCGGCAAUGCUGGGAGCUAUGGCCAAGUGCGCAGUGUUGCCAGCAGCUCACAUCAUCUAUAUGAAAGAGGUGAAGGAAUAGAUAGCGUCAAGGGUGAAGUGGAUUGGUGGACUGUAGACUUUAAUGAGGACUUCUCUGCCUUCCAUGGCGAGACAAUGCGGGAGCAAGCAGUCUAUCUGAAUGAUGUGAUAGCCUUCCUGCAAUCGUCGAUCUAUACGAAUUCGACAAAGGUUCCGAUUCUAGCGCACAGCAUGGGUGGGAUAGUAGCACGAUUAAUGACUUUGCAAGACAAUCACAGGCAAGGAAGUGUCGAGACAAUCAUAACGCUAUCAAGUCCGCAUGCUUACCCACCUGUUCCAAUGGAAACGGGACUUGAAGACAUCUACCGAGAGAUUGAGAAAGCGGCAGGAGACACAUCAAAUGACAUCCUUCUGAUCUCUUUGAGUGGAGGUAUCUUGGAUGAUCAGCUAUCGUCAGAAGCAUCUUCACUUCGUUUGGCACGCUUAUGGAAGCCUGAGGCAUCCUUGUCCGCCUUCACAUCCGGCCUUGCUGCUCUUUGGAGUGGCGUUGAUCACUUGGCUAUGAUGUGGUGUGAUCAGUUACGUGAAAGAAUUGCUCGC